UGCGCCUACCGCCUCGGCCCGCGCGCCCGCAUCCUGCCCCUGGCAUGCACCCUAGAAUGUGAAGGAAAGCUGCCUCCUGCCAAAGCCUGGGAAACCUGCAAGGAGAUUCUGCAGCUGACGAAACUGGAUCUUCCUGAGGAUGGCAACACUGUUCCAGGAGACAAGAAAGAGCUGGAUGAGAACCACUUGCUUGCAAAGAAGUAUGGGGGCUUCAUGAAAAGAUAUGGGGGGUUCAUGAAGAAAAUGGAUGAGCUCUAUGGGGUGGAACCAGAGGAGGAAGCUGAUGGAGGAGAGACCCUGGCUAAGAGGUAUGGAGGAUUUAUGAAGAAAGACUCAGAUGAUGACACCCUGGCUAAUUCCUCUGAUCUCCUGAAGGAGCUUCUAGGAACAGGGGAUAACCCUGAAGCUGGACAUUACGGAGAGGUAAAUGAAAAUGAUGGAGAUGUCAGCAAAAGAUAUGGAGGCUUCAUGAGAAGUGUAAAGCGUAGUCCGGAAUUGGAAGAUGAAGCCAAAGAGCUGCAAAAGAGAUACGGUGGUUUCAUGAGAAGAGUGGGCAGGCCAGAGUGGUGGCUGGAUUACCAAAAACGGUACGGUGGGUUUCUUAAGCGCUUUGCUGAUUCUAUUCUCCCUUCAGAAGAAGACGGGGAAAGUUAUUCCAAAGAGAUCCCAGGGAUGGAAAAAAGAUAUGGCGGAUUUAUGAGAUUUUAAUACCUUCCCCCUUUAUCCCUUUUGUCCUAAAUGAGAGAGAGACUGCCUUAUUGGUCAUAACUUAUUGUAAUGUGUUGCUUGUACUGUACAGUUUUUUACUGUCCUGGUAAAUGAUGUAACCUGCAAUCUGCUGUUUCAGGUCCUGUGUUCUUUUAACCAUUUUCUGGUUCAGCCAAGUUCAAGUCUAUAUUGUAGUUUCCAUGUUAAAAUUAUUUUGAUUACUGUAUUCAUUUUCUUUAGAGAGAAAGUACAUCCACAGUAGAAUUGCUUAACUGUAUAUACAAUAAAUUUGUCAUCCUAACUGCA